CUUCAAGCGAAAAUUCCACCAUCCAGAGGCCUCAAUUUACCUUCAUCGAGCGACCAUGAGUGCCUCUCGGGUCCCCAACCCUGUUUUAUGGCGUACUGUCGUGCAAUGAGGUCGGCCUUCUACGGCCAACCAGACAUCAAGAAGCUAUCCCGUCUAACCAAUUAGACUGAGUGUUGGUCAAGUUUGAAUCUCCGCUGUAUGAGCUGUUACUAUGUCUUCGUCUAGAUGUAUGGCGGCGGCAAGGCCUAUGCCCAUGCGGACCGUUGUUUAGAUUGAUUUAAUACUAGUCCUUGCCUGUUAAUGUUGAUUCACAAAGAACUUUUACAUCUGAUUUUACUAACGUACAUUGUUCUUGAGCCUUUCUUUUGUUUUAACAAAAACGCGUUCUAUUCUUACUGUCAUAGUUUUCUUUCACCUAUGACUCAAUGGAUAUUUCUUCAUGACUUAUACCAUUCCGCUCACUCACGAAUGUCCACAUUACGCGUAAAAUUUACUUUGCCUUUUAUUUUUUCAAGGCAGUCAUUUUUGACACCCUCCUCACCUAACUUUAGUAUCAUCACUUAAUUUUUCCUUCGUUUCUUACCUGUCAGAUAUCAAUGCUGGUACCUUGAAUUUGACUCAUAUUUUACUGAUAAAUUCUUGACGAAUAUCUAACACAUUCUCUACCUAAAUCAUUCACUAUGAACGCGACCAAACCGACACCGAACACUCCUUACCCGAGCCCUAGGGAUCCAACCCGCAAGGAUGAAUGGGAGGAUUGGGAAGACUCAGAUGAAGAGGGACAAGUGACGAUAGACGAUAACGAUGGGCUUCUCAUUGAUCUUUCCGACGAGGCAAAACAUAAAUCAUCCCGGCCUGGUGCCGCGCAGGGAAUUCCACGCAACUUACUACGGUAUUCAGUUCAAAAACCGACCCGCGUAAAGUCCAAAGCUAGACAAAAGGCUCAGAACGCAAAAGCUGGUAUAACACUAGUGACGGACAUGACAAAAUUCCGCCAAUCGAAGCAACGCGCGAAGUUCGUUAAUCCUACAGCCCUUCAAGCUUUAGAAGGGGAACCAUCUUCUGCUUCAAUAGGCAGUUUUUCGUGGCUUAAGCAAAGGCCUGGGGCUGCUAGUGGUAUUAAAGCGAGCAACAAAUAUCUACAAGGGUCUUCUUCAGAUCUUUCUCCAGUGGCUAGACCAAUCGUCAUAGGAAUAUCGGUUCCUUCCGACAACCUCUCUGACCAUCAAGUUAGCCCACACACUGCUGUCAUCGAGACGCCAACGGACUUUCCCAGGUUCCCUCAAAAAUCAACUCCUACUGCUGCCAAUCCUUCAGCCCUCACGCCACACCAGCUGCGUUCCGUAUGGUCUCCAGACACGGAAGCAAGCGAAUCUCCAUACCAGGGUUCGAGAGCCGCGUCAAGUCUCUAUUCACAGCCUAGUUUAUAUAGCGGUCAGAUACGGGAUACUGAUGUACCCCCUGUACCCGCCUUACCAACGAACCUCGGGUCCAAAGAGAGGCAGACUGUGAUUAUUGCAGACCUUGAAGAUGACUCCGAUCUUGGCACACCAUGUACCCUAUUUGAAGAAGAUGGAAGCCCUACGAUGACGCGCAAGUCGGUAAAGCCCAAGGCACCGAUGACUAGUCCUGAAAGUGCCGCUAGUCGAUCUCAUGGUUGGUGGGAUCAUGUCACAACCCCUUUCACACAACAGACAAACAACCCCUUCAAGCAACAAGCGCAAGAAACGGGACCUAGUCCUUCCUCGCAGCAAUGGAACCCAUUCAAGAAACAAGCACAAGAAGCCGGACCUAACCCAUCACAACCCACGGCGGUUCCCCGUCAAUUGUGGGAUGGAGUUAGUGAGAAGGGUAGCCCUUCACAGCCAAAUCCGCCUGCACAACAGGCACAACCGGCCGCCCCUGGCUCUUCACAGUCUACAACAGGUGUCCGCGAAUGGUGGAAUGGAACUAAUGAGAAGGAUGGCUCAUCAUUAAACGCUGUAGCUCAGGCUAAGAACACCCCUGUCAUUCUCCAGCAACAUUAUAUUGUCCACCCAGCUAGUUCUUCGUCUCGUCAAACGUCACCAGAACGCAGAGAGACAAGAUCCGAGAAAGCUAGGAUACUUCUGGAGGAGAAUCAAAGACCGAAUGAAGAGCCGCCACCAUAUUCACCUCCCAAGCCACAGCCAGUGACUCAGGUGAAAUAUGGCGUUAUACUACCACCUCCAGUUGUAGUUAACUCUCAGAGGGUUCCAUCUCCUGGCCCAGUGACUCCAGGCUUGGCGGGAACGAUGACCUCGCAAGGGGCUAUAAAUAUGGCGGAAAUACCCUUAACACCACACAAUCUUCAACCUGUACGAGCUGCAGUACUUCCUGAUCGCGCACCUGGUUCAUUUGUUCCCGGUGAUCAUUUCUACGACGUUCGAGGACAGGCUAAUCGUACGGAACGGCAGCGACGCCGUCACGAAAAAGAAGAGGUAAUUGCUAGAAAAGCCGGUGGGUUCUGGAGAGGUCGGGGCUGUAUGCCUAAAAACGGUUGCUUCGGCCGGAGUGGCCGUGAAGGUAGAAAGAGAAGACGGAUUUGUCUAUGCGUUAUCGCCGGCCUGAUCGCUGCGAUCAUCCUCGCCAUCGUCCUGGCCGUUGUUCUUACGCGACGACCUCGACCCCAAGAGAGCUCGGCUCCUUCGAUUUGGCUCAAUUUGACAGAUUUUCCACCUAUGCCGACUGGUGUUUUGACCGUGGCUGCGCCGGACAAUUCCUUAGCAAGAACUGGCUGUUUAGUUGCCACAUCAGAUAACGCUUGGUCUUGUUCACUGCCAAAGGAUCAACAGGCAUCCGUAGCCCCCAAAGCCCCCAAUCAACCCGAGUUCAUCUUCCAGAUCCAAUAUGACAACAACACCCGGGCUCUUUGGAACGUUACAGAGGAUAACGAUGAGGACCAACCCACCCUAUUCGACUCUGGCUUCAACCCAAACCCGCAACCACCAUCUAUUGCGGAGAUCCGAUUCCUAGGCAACACCACUGAUCACAUCCAGUCAGACAACAAGGCCGGAGAACCAACGCCCUUCUUCAUCAGUACCUUAACUGAUGUUGAUAAGCCAGUCGGUGCUAACAUGCUGACUCGUCGACAAGGCGCUAAUAAUGCCAUCGGCGUAGCUGGCAAUGGUGGCACUAACCUCACGGACAUCCUUCCACCACCACAACUGAACGGUGACGGCACGGGUGCUCCAGCUCAACUAUUCCCCCAUUCUAUUCAGCAACCUGUCCGCCUAUUCGAUCGUGGCCUACCCACCGAACACUACGGGUUCUAUACCCAUUUCGACAAGACAAUUUACAUGGUAGACACGGUGAAGUCAAACGCCGCGGAUGUUGACGGUGGAUCAACCGAGGCCAGUGCCAAGUCCUUAGUGACAUUAUCCCAGACCCGCUUCCUCGUACAGAUAUGGACGCGCCUGGAGAACUCGACGCAGCUACUCGGCGGAACCGGCGCUGCCGUUCCCUGGACGAACGGCACGUCUGCCGCCGCUAUCCCGGGUACCAUGCCGUACCCAGUCACCAUCACGGAGGACAUGCACGGCGGGGACAAGAACAAGAAGAUCGACUACCGCUACGGGGUCCUGAAAAACCAAGCUAUUAACACCACUGACGUCCAGCUCAUCAUCGUCGACCGCGGGUUUGCGGGUACCCUGAUCAACGGCAUGAAUAAAAGCCCCAAUACCUCCUUGGGAGGCAUUGAUGGCGGUACUGGGGGAUGCAAGUGUGAAUGGGUCAAUUUCAAGGGGUUGAAGAAGGUUACGACAUAGACUGGGCCAUGAGGAUACGAUUAUACAUACAUACACACACUCCCUCACAAACUCAUUAUAUUACGGAGAUGUCGUCAUGGAUACAGGCAUAUGAAGGCGUUUACGGAUUGCAUGGUUGAUUUUGCGGAAGACAAAAAUAUUUGGCGUAUGGUUUUCAGCGUUAUAUUUGCAUACUAGUACCUACUAGGUAGAUAAUUUCUCAAGGUUUCGUUGGGAGCCUAUGAAAGGGGUUGGGCUGUUUAGGGAUACAGACCAUAGUAAUAAUUUCGUAACUUUA